UGGUCCUCCAGCCUAACCGACUGACAUAACUCACAGAUCCCUGAGCUCGCUGCCUCGCGUGCACCAACUGUCCUUGCUCUGCACAAGUGACAGCCUGGUCACAACGACCAACACCAAGGGGAAAUACUUGUCGCAGAGGCUGAACAUGGUACGUGUUCGCUAUGAGGACUCCGCGCCGUCGCCAUUACUUCGGCCGGGUACCAUGCAGAUGGCAGCGUCGCUUACCAGCAGGUGUACGUGUGGCAGGCUACCGCAAUAGGCAAACAUCAGUUGCAGAAACCUAUUCAGAGCCUCAGCCGUACACCAUAAGAGGACGUGGACUUGUGAAACCACCGGUGGCUAAUACGACGAGCUUUUGCCAUCCCUGGAUCUAUUCUCGUAACUUUACAGUGUCGUCCGUAAGCAUGCAUGCAUCCGUUGAGACAAAAAUUGCGCCAAUGCGAUUGAGUGCCAGCGACGGGAGGGAAUACGUACGCGUAGUCAGUAGCAUUAAUGUGCUCCCGAACUACACGAUUGUUCUCUACGGGCCGCUAGGGUGGCCAACUCCGCGAUGCCAGCCUGAGAAUGCCAUCAACAGAAUUGGCCGGAUUAGGCAGGUCGCGUGGAUGGACCCUUGGACGUGCACCGCAUCAGGGAAGGGCAUUUCCGAAGACAAUACGAAGGCGGACGUAAUUAUGGAUCGGGCCACGAAGGCAGCGCGAGGCCUGCCUCUCCUUUUGUUACCACACUCUAAUCCUUAUAAUACUGACCCCUCUUCCUGAUCCAACUGUCACAGUGCCCCGAACAAUAGCCAGCCGCGGCAUCGCGCAGACCGCGUCCACCAAUCCUCAGGCCGCUCCUGUCCAUGCCUUCGUCCAACCUACAGCUUCCACACCUCGUUUCCUUCUGCGCGUCCUUCGAG